AUGGGUGGAUAUCCAGAAAACAUGCCUGCAAUGGACAGGUCUCUCGUGCUCAUGCGCAAGGGUGACGAGGGCUGGUCGCUGGUCGACUUGCGGGGAAGUGACCCGGGCUACACUCUAAACACUAGAGUCUUCUUUGGGCGGGUGGGUUUUUGUCUCGGUGUAAAGCCACUUUGGUGGAUUAGUCCUUCCGGACGACCGCCCCUCGUCGCAAAUCCCGCUGUAGGUGGUGGGGUGCCAGAUGGUAGCAAGUCUCUGGGCGCCAGCCGCUCGCAGCCCAUGCUGUCCUCCCUGCGAACGUCAGGGCAGAGGAGUUCACGGGCACCCCCCGGUGCGGUCACCAACUUCAUGCGGGCCUUCCGUGUGGUGCUCACGCGCCCAAGCGUCCUCGUCCCCUGGGGCUACGAGUGGCACGAAGAGCCCUUUGACGACACUGGCGCACGCGUCCUGCGGGAGAUUCGUCAGCAUUCUCCUCUCGACCGGUGGAAUGUCUGGCAGCAGGUCAUCGGCAGACCAGACCUCGUGGUCAAGCCUGGUGACCGCCUGGUGAAGACAGAUGGCCGUUGGGCAUACUACGAAGAGGAGGUUUGUCUCUGCGACAGCGAGCAGGCGGCGCACCUGGCAGACGCAGAGAGGCCCGGCCUGCAACGGCGCCUGGUGCUGGAGUUCAUGCGCCCCACAGCUCGCCCUGCUGCUCCCGUCAGGCCAAGACUGGAGGUGUGGGACACACAGUCUGCCCUUGUUAUCUCCUGGGAUCACCCAAGUGCCUUGGAACCUUACAAGCAGGUCUGGGGAUGGGCGAUUGCCCUCGUGGACAUGGACCACGAGAUUUGGCUCAUCGUAGAUGGCGUGACUUACACAGCGAGGUCGUUGGCGCUGGAGGGUGCAGACGUUGCCGUGGCUAAGCCAGACCUCUGCACCAUCUACGUGUCCGAAGGCCUUGCCUACGGCCGGCCCUAUGCGGCCUGCAUAGCUGUGCUUACCGACCGGGGCUGGUCUGCCUUCUCUGACCUCUCCAGGUCUGUUAGCAUCUCCGCCUCAGCUAAAGUCAGCGACGCAGUGCUUGGCCUGGACCCAGAGGAGGAUGAUUGGUCCCAGAGACCUCGCUUUGCUUGCCCGUCCAAGCUCGUCGCGGGUGCCUCGGUGCCUGUGACCCUUCGUCCCGGUCCGCGGGACUUGCUUUGCUCCGAGCGCUGGCUCAGAAGGGAGGUUUGCGUCGAUGGCCACGAGGGUCUUCAGGUAGAGACCGCGGACACCUCCAUGAAGCUGCUGAUGGUAGACAAGGUAGUGCCGGGUUCCGCGGUGGACGAGUGGAAUGCCAAGCAGGAGCCUUUUGAACUCCAUGGCUUCGAGAUGAGCUACGCCCUGCAGCCUGGGGAGGUCAUCAAGAAGGUGAACGGCUUCCAGGGAGCUCAGGUCAUGCUGUACGAGCUGCAGCGCAAGCCGAAGAAGUUGAUAAUGACAGUGGACCGCCACUGCGGUGGCAAUACGGUGUUCGAGGACACGCCAGAGGCGAAGAUCUUCGAGCUCCAUCGCUUGGAUGCAGAUGCUUCCCGUGAUGUGGAGGAGUUCGACUGGCAUGUUCUAUACAGUCAAGCCGAGGGCACUCUCUGUGCCCGCAUGGUGGAGCGGGACGGAGACGAGCUGCAGAAGGCUCUGAACAUCUUCUCAGAGAUGCUAUCGGAGAAUGCCAUCGUGAUGGUCAACGAUGGCCUCGUGCAGGAAGUAGAUCGGCGAAUUCUCCUGGACUGCCGGAUCAACGCAGUCUUGCUCGCGGAUCCCGCCCUGAGCGCAGCAGAGUGCGGAAGCUCGGUGGACAACGUUUCUUUUUCAGCUGGGCACAGGGAUUCCGUUGUCCCGGAAGAUAUGCCAACAACCAGCGACGAGAUCGCCCUCAUCGAGCUUCGGAAGGCGCUCGCAGAUGCGGCCAUGGACGAAGAUCAGCUGGAGAGGGCCAUCGACAACUUCGUGAACUCAUCGAAGGUGGUGCGGCAGUCCAUGGCCGGCAGGGAGCUGCUGGAGAAAGCCAGAAAUCUGCAGGAGCUUUGGCGCUGGUGGCGCGCCUGUGCCGACGCCAAAGAAGAGCUUCGAGCGGUCCUGGAUUUCAUGCUGGAGCAGGAGGCCAGAUAUCAAGAUGCCAAAGGAGAGUUCAGCGACUUUGGCAUCCAGGAUCCUCCCUACGACCUGGGCCCUUUGGCGGUUCAGCUCGAGAACUCCGAGGCAUACCGAUCUGAGAUGGCGAUCAUGAUUGAGGAAGGUACCAUGGUGUGGGAAAGGCUGCAUCAGUCAAACCUCCGAUUUGCUGCGGAGAAGCGCAUCCGUGCAGCAAUGAAAGAUGAGCGCGAGGAUGACUUAUCCUUGGAUGAAGCCUUGUCGGCUGGCGAGGCCUGUGGUGUGAGGAGCGAGGUCAUCCAUGCAGGGAGGGAAAUCGCCGCGAAUUGGCGGGCGAACCACUACAAAAUCGCCUUGCACGACGAGUUGUUCCAAGCGGUCAAGGAGCUUCGGAAACACGUGGAGAGCCGUAAGAAGCCGGGAGCAGGUGCACCCGAGCAGCAGCGCAUGCGCAUUGCCAUCGCCGGUUCGGGGUUGCCCCCGGAGAACCCCUUGGUACUCGAGGCGUGGGGCUUGCUGCGGCAAUGGGAGCAGGACAACGUCGCCCUGCGAGCCGAAGCGCGGCUUUCGAGCGCCGUGGAGAGAGUGAAAGGCGGCUUCAGUGCCGACACGCCCGAGGCCGGCGACUUGUUGGGCUCCGCCAUCGCAGAGGUGGCGCAACAAGGCGUCGACGCCGCCUUCCUCGACGCAGCGCGGAACUCUCUGGCCAACUGGCAGGAAUCACGCUUGAAACGGGCCAGACAGGAUCUGGAACUUGCCAUGCGGUACCUGGACGAAGACUACCUGAAGGAUUCGCUUGAGUUGGCACGCACCGCCGGCAUCGACGAGGAGAGCAUCGAGCAGGCCACGAGGCUCCUCACGCGGCUUCGCAUGGUGGACGAGGUGAACAAGAUGAUGGACAAGACCAUGGAGGAGACCGCCUUGCCUCCGCUGGAAGCAGCGAUACAGACGGCCCACAGCCACUUCUUCGUGGAGGAGGAGAUGGACAUGCUGUGGUCGGGCUCCCUGCAGGCGCGCCUGCGAUUCUGGACGCAGGAGAUCCAGGGCGCUGUUCAGGUCCACGAAGCCGCUGGUUUGGACGUGGUGGUCGCCAAGGCUCAGAAGCUGCUGGAGCGGAGCCAGGAAGCCUUGGAUACGUUCAAGUCCAAGACAGGAAACAACAAGGUACCCGACGUGGCCAUCCGCACACUGGAGCGUGACAUGAGAGGUUUACAGCUGGUCUUACCUGGCGGUCGUGAUCUCUCGAACGUCGCGUGGGCCACGGCAAACAUUGAGCGAGUCCUGGGGGCAGUGGAGCGCUACGCGGAAGAGCUACCGGAGGUGAUUGCUGCAGCAGAGGCGCAGGUUCCCAAAGGGCUCAAAGAGGAUCUUGUUGAAGAGGCUAAGGAAUGCCAGAAAGACUAUGCCAUGACGAUCGAAGAGUUGGAAAAGGCCAUCUCGGCGACUUAUUGCGACGGGGAAGACCUGAAGGCCUCGCUGAUUCGGGCGCGCUUAGCUGGCGCGCCGAUGCCCCUCAUCGAGCGAGGUUUUGGCAAGCUGGAGAAGAAGUUCCCAGAAUGGUUCAGCUACACCAAGACAGAGCUGGAGCUCCUUGUGGCUAAGCAGGAAGCGGAUGAUAUCCAAGAGCUCUCGGCAGAGGGCCGCUUCCUGCGGCUGCAGGAUGCAGCGGACGCUGCUAGGAUGCUGCAGCCUCGCUUGGAGAAGAGCAUCAUCGAGGAGGUUGAGGACAUUUCCAUGGCUUUGGCGGCUGAGCGCUCCUUCGUGAUGGCGGUGAAGGAAGCGAAGGACAUCCUAGGAGGCCUGCCCAUGUCACCGGAAGACGUUUCCUUGUCAGCGCUUCGGCUUGGCCACGCCAUCCAGGCGUGCGAGAUGUCUGCACAGGAAGAGGCGAAGAAGGGCAUCGGAGAGGCCGAAGAGCUCCGAGUUCUCCUUGAGGAAGAAGGUGACAGGCGGCAGGAAGUGCUCCAGAAUGCCAUUGCCAUCUCUGCAGAAAGGGGAAGGAGCCUGAGGGACUUGCAUGUGGCGAUCACAGCAGCCAGAGAGGCCAGCGUGACGCCAGAGUUCCUGGCGGAGCCCUACGCGCGACUCAGGAAGAAGAAGCUCGAUUUCGUAACCUCGGCGCUGAGGAACGCCUGCGCCACUGGGAAGUAUUCUCUGGCUUUCGCGCUGUAUCACCGAGGACUGGCCUUAAAGGCCUUUGAGGAGCGCAACGGCGGCGAGUGGCGGAGUGGUGCCAUCCAGGCCGAGAUAAAGCGUCUUCGGGCGGAUGUCUCGACCAUCCAUGGGGAGUUUGUCAUUGAGACCUCUGGGGGUGCUUUCGGCACAAGCACCUGGCGGAAGAAUCCUUGCUACCUCAUCCGACACUCGAAGCAAGACUUUCGGGAGGGCCUUGAGCGUGCCGCUAGCAAAAAGAUGGACAAGAAGCCGGGCUCCAAGAGUUCUGCAGCCGGCGUGCGAGUGUCCGUGGCCUUGGCAGAGGCCAGUAACAGUCCUGCCACCAUGGCGGUGCACGUCGUUCGGAACAACAAGGAGGUGCACGAAGCAGGUGCCGGGUACAUGCUGAUGCCGGGCUACGAUGUCCUCGCCUCCUCGCAUGAAGACGACGACAUCCCGAGCUGCGAGUUCGACCUGCCUCCCUCGUCGCAGCCGCUCUUCAUCGUGCCUUCUGCCGCGAAGGGCGAACUCGGUCCGUUCACCCUCAUCGUCAAUGCCACAGAGUCAGUUGACGUGAUCAGGAUCCCUCCGGCGAACUGUGAGCCCCAGCGCUUCCAGCAGAGCUUUGAGGUCAAGUGGCUCCAGGAGCGGCCACAUCAAGUCUGCAUGGGCGGUGGCCGGUUCCGAAACCGAGCUCCGAUGGUUUCGUGGUAUCGGAAUCCGCAGUUCCGGGUCAAGCUGAAGCAGUCCGAGGAGCCACCGCCGGCCGAGCCGCGCACCACCUUAGCGCUGCCAGCUCCGGAUCCGAAUCGCAGCAAGACGCCUCCACCACCCAGGCUCAGCCGACCCGAAUCCCUUGGACCUCUGGUGCCGGCUCCCCGGCCAAACACGGCGCCGACAACGCCCGCGAGUGCAGAGAAGAUGGACCUGAAGAAGCUCCGAAUGAUCUUCGACAGCGCCGACGUGCAAGGAAAUGGUAUGGUCAACAAGCGCGAGCUCGUCAAAGGGCUGCGCCGCGAUGCGAAGAUGGCAGAAUUCUUUGGCCUCCCCUCCGAAAUCCGCCAGGAGGAUGGCUCCCGGGACCAGAUGGAGGCACUCUUCCAGGCGAUGGACAGUGACUCUGACCGCGAGAUCACCUGGGAGGAAUUCGUGGCCUUUCAGGCAUCCCUGCAUCUGCGGAAGUCGCAGUGGUCAGAGGACGCGUCGGAGGUGAAUGCAUCCAAGUCUGAAGUGGACUUCAGCACCAUCGAUUCCACUCCUCCGCCGCUGCUGGUGGUUGCCAUGACGCCGCACGGACGUCCAAAGGCAGGACCGGCUGCGGUUCACAUCCUGCGGAAUGUGGAGGGUAUGGGCAAGGACGGGUUACUGGCGGAGAACCCGAGCCACCACCACGUCCUGGCGCAGAGCGGCUUGCGGCAUACUGGUCGCGAAUAUUCCAGUGCCAGCGAGGUCGGCGCAGUUCUGCGGCUGCCACAGGAUCGACCAGACGAGCCUUUCAUCGUAGUGCCAUCCCUCAAGUCCAGCAACCACCAGGGCCGAUUUACGAUCACUUUCAUGUCCACGCAGGACAUUGAAGUGGAGCGCAUCCAGUGA